CCCCAACAUUGUCGUGGGUGUCACCAACCCGUUCUUCAUCAAGACCCUGCAGCACUGGCCCCACAUCCUGCGGGUGGGCGAGCCCCGCACGGCAGGGGAGCUGCCCAAGCAGGUGAAGGUGAAGAAAUUGGCCAAGCUGAAAACGCUGGACACAAAACCAGGAAUUUACACUUCCUACAAAACGUUCCUGCACAAAGACAAAACCCUGAUCAAGAGGCUGCUAAAGGGCAUCCAGCGGAAGCGUCCCUCGGAGGUGCAGAGCGCUCUGCUGAGGAGGCACCUCCUGGAGCUCACCCAGAGCUUCAUCAUCCCUCUGGAGCACUACAUGGCCAGCCUGAUGCCUCUGCAGAGAGCCAUCACCCCCUGGAAGAAUCCGCCCCAGAUCCGCCCUUUCUGCCAGGAGGAUUUCAUGAAGAGCCUGGAGCACGCGGGCCCCCAGCUCACCUGUGUGCUCAAGGGGGACUGGCUGGGGCUCUACAGGAGAUUCUUCAAGUCCCCCAAUUUCGACGGUUGGUUCCGGCAGCGGCACCGGGAGAUGACACAAAAGCUCGAGGCCCUGCACCUGGAGGCCAUCUGUGAGGCGGACAUUGUGGCCUGGAUGAAGGACAAGUCCGAGGUGGAGAUCGUGGAUCUGGUGCUGAAGCUGCGGGAGAAGCUGGUGAGGGCUCGGUGCCAGCACCUGCCCGUGAGGGAGGAGACCCUGCACAGGGUCAGUCUGUACAUCAGCACCGUCAUCGGCUCGCUGCCCGAGGACCUGCAGGCCGUGCUGCAGCACCCCUGAGCACCCCUGGGUGCCCAGAGCAUCACUGGGAGCCCAGAGCACCCCUGGGAGCCCAGAGCAUCACUGGGUGCCCAGAGCAUCACUGGGUGCCCUGAGCACCCCUGGGAGCCCUGAGCCAGCUCCUGCAACACCCCUGGGUGCCCAGAGCCUGCUCCUGCAGCACCCCUGAGCACCCCUGGGUGCCCAGAGCAUCCCUGGGAGCCCUGAGCACCCCUGGGAGCCCAGAGCAUCCCUGGGAGCCCAGAGCACCCCUGGGUGCCCAGAGCACCCCUGGGUGCCCAGAGCAUCCCUGGGAGCCCAGAGCAUCACUGGGAGCCCAGAGCAUCACUGGGAGCCCAGAGCACCCCUGGGAGCCCAGAGCACCCCUGGGUGCCCAGAGCCAGGUCCUGCAGCAUCCCUGGGUGCCCAGAGCAUCACUGGGAGCCCAGAGCACCCCUGGGUGCCCAGAGCCUGCUCCUGCUCCUGCCCCACGACCCCCGAGGGGGACCCGGGGCCAACGCUUCACCCUCGUCCCGCUGGGAUCCACCCCGGAGCUGAACUGAGGAGGAGGAGGAGGAGG